UCUCUCUCGGUGCCCCCCCCCCCCCCCCCUUCCUUAUUCUCCACCUCCACAGUAGAGGGAAUAGAGGAAGACAAGAGAGAGAAGCUAUAAAUACACUCACGAGAGAUAGAGAGGGAGAGAGAGAAGAGAUGGUGGAUGAUUUCAUGGUGUGUGUGGACAGAAUAAUUGCCUCUGCUUGCUUCGAGUCAGUUAAUGGAGAACGAGACAGAAACAUUGAAGAAACUGUCAAGAAUGAGACUGUUAUGCCUGUAAAAAGCAACGGAGAAGGGUGUUCCUCUUUAAAGAAGAUGAAAGAGACUGUGGAAUGUAGGAUAUGCCAGGAGGAUGAUGAGGUCGACUCAAUGGAGGCUCCUUGUGCUUGCAAUGGCAGCCUCAAGUUUGCUCAUAGGAAGUGCAUUCAGAGAUGGUGCAACAAAAAAGGCAAUAUCACCUGUGAAAUCUGCAACCAUGUCUUCUCACCAAAUUAUUCUUUUCCACCUGCCCGCAGCAAUCCUGAUGUUAUGUCAAUUGAUAUCAGGCAAGCAUGGCGUGAGUCACAGCUUCUAGCUCUAGCAGCUGCUGAGCGUCAGUUACUUCAAUCAGAGUAUGAGGAUUAUGCUGUUGCUAAUACAAGCAGCAUUGCUUGUCUUCGAUCGGUCACUCUAAUUUUGCUGGUAGUUUUGCUUCUAUUCCAAGCUCUACUGGUUACAAGAGAUAUUGGGAUGGUGCAGGAAUCGUCAACACUCUUCAAUUUUCAGGUUUCUCUUCUUCGUUUUGCUGGCUUUCUUUUGCCAUGCUAUGUAAUGGCCCGAUCAUGGUACAUUGUACAAAGCCGAAGGCGACAGGGAUAAGUGUAAAAUUGCUGAUACCAUCCUCAUCUGCUCGAUGGACCGUGACUAUCCUCUUUUUCUGCUUUCUCUUCUUGCUUCGGAUGAGCAAGCUCUAUUGCCUGUGGCAAUUUUCCAAGUUGUAUUUAAGUUAAAAGAUGCCAAAAUUAGUCUGAAAAAUUGUUCAAGUAUUAGGUUGUUUCUUAAGCCACCUGAGAACUCAAAAGAAAAUGUAAAUGUGCAAAGAGAACAAUGAGUUCUCCUGGUGUUUUUUUUUUAUUUGCUCUGUAUGCAUUCUAGUGCUAAAUGCCAUCAAUAUUAUCAAGCUUUUGCAUAGAA